AAAAUUGGAGGUGUUAAACAAAUUCAUUUCAAGUCUCAAUUUGAUAACUCUCUCUCUCUCUCUCUCUCUCUCUCUUCACUGUCACAAUUUGUUGUACUUGUAGUUCCAACAAUGGAGAUCACAAAUGACCCAACAAUAAACGAUUACCGCACAUUGUUCAUAGAAGACACUGAUUUCUACAACCGCAUUGUACUUGGUUCCUUAUUGCCACACAUCUUGUGGGCCCCACUCCCUCGGUUCUUACAAACAUGGCUUCGAAACUACAUUGGUGGCGUCCUUCUUUACUUCAUCUCUGGUUUCUUAUGGUCUUUCUACAUUUACUAUUGGAAACGCAACGUUUUUCUCCCUAAAGAUGCCAUUCCCUCGCGUAGAGCCAUGGUCUUGCAAAUAUCAGUUGCUAUGAAAGCCAUGCCUUGGUACAGUUUGCUUCCGACUAUUUCUGAGUACCUGACAGAACUUGGCUGGACAAAGUCCUUUCCUAGAUUACAUAAUGUCGGUUGGCUUUCCUACGUUGUGUAUUUAGCGAUUUAUAUGGUUAUUGUAGAGUUUGGUAUUUAUUGGAUGCAUAGAGAGCUGCAUGACAUAAAACCACUUUACAAACAUCUUCAUGCCACUCAUCACAUCUACAAUAAACAGAAUACUCUCUCCCCAUUUGCUGGUUUGGCUUUUCAUCCACUUGAUGGAAUACUUCAAGCAUUACCACAUAGUAUUGCUUUGUUUAUUGUCCCAGUUCAUUUCAUUGCACAUUUAGUUCUCUUAUUCAUUGAAGCUAUUUGGACUGCAAACAUUCAUGAUUGCAUUCAUGGAAAAUUGUGGCCUGUUAUGGGAGCCGGUUACCACACCAUUCAUCAUACCACGUAUCGGCAUAACUACGGUCAUUACACCAUAUGGAUGGAUUGGAUGUUCGGCACUCUCCGCGACCCUGAGAAAGACGAAGGCAAAGAUAUGUGAUGAGUUUGCAUGAUGAAGGCUUGACUCGUGUCGUUUCAUAUUAAUCGGCUCGUGUUAUCUUGACUGGUUUGUUGAAAUGUUUGUUCAUUGCAUGUAAAGCAUUGUAUUUUGUUGUGUUAAUUACAAGGUGAUGUUAGAAUGUAGAGACACGGUUGAGGGUUAAAAUGGAGAGUUUCUUUGUAUUUGACUCAAUUGUUACUUUGUAGAACCACAUUUUAUUUUAUGUGGUUAUUUUCUUUAUCAAAUUGUUUGGUAGAGUUUGAGAUGACAAUGCUAUUCUUAUGGAUAAGAGUUUGACUUUGUAACUUCAA